AGGCAAACACUUUUCACUCAGGGUGAUGCAGGGGAUUAUCCCUUAGAGCUGACUUAGUUGCUGCUUCUGUGAAAAGUGACUUCCUAGUUUCCAUAAGAGGAACUGGAUGACUUGAAAGUCGGGCAUCCUUGGCCCUCCUGAAUAGAGGAAAUUAGUGACAGGUGGACAGUCUGUAUGGAAUUUUCAGGUGCCUUCACCAGAGAAACCUGUCUCCAUCGGAACCUCAAAUGUCAAACCUUUACCAUACAGCCUUCAUCUUUUAGAGGACUAAGGUGACUUCAAUAGUUCUCUUUUAAUGGACACCUAAGGAAGAGGUCCUAAGAGCAGCAGUCUUGAAUUCCAGCAGCGCCUGAUCACAGCCUCAGUCCUUCAUAGUGAAAUAGAAAUGGCUUCGCCUGGCCGGAGUGGCUUAGUUGGAGCAUCAUGCCAUGGACUGAAAGUUUGCUGGCUCAAUUCCUGAUCAGAGUUGUCUGCUGGUUCUCAGCUUGAAGAAGAUUCUACAGUCCUUAUUGAUCCUUUUUCUUGGCGUUACCAUUUUUUUGAAGCACAGUUAAUCUAGUUUUCUAGUUUGAGCUUUCUUUUUGGCCAUCUUUUAAAAAAAAUUUUUUUUUAAUCUAUAAACUAGCCAAGAGAUAGUUCUACAAUGUCCAAGUCAUUCCAGCAGUCAUCUCUCGGUAGGGACACGCAGGGUCAUGGGCGUGACCUGUCUGCAGCAGGAAUAGGCCUUCUUGCUGCUGCUACCCAGUCUUUAACUAUGCCAGCAUCUCUUGGAAGGAUGAACCAGGGUACUGCACGCCUUGCUAGUUUAAUGAAUCUUGGAAUGAGUUCUUCAUUGAAUCAACAAGGAGCUCAUAGUGCACUGUCUUCUGCUAGUACUUCUUCCCAUAAUUUGCAGUCUAUAUUUAACAUUGGAAGUAGAGGUCCACUCCCUUUGUCUUCUCAACACCGUGGAGAUGCAGACCAGGCCAGUAACAUUUUGGCCAGCUUUGGUCUGUCUGCUAGAGACUUAGAUGAACUGAGUCGUUAUCCAGAGGACAAGAUAACUCCUGAGAAUUUGCCCCAAAUCCUUCUACAACUUAAAAGGAGGAGAACUGAAGAAGGCCCUACAUUGAGUUAUGGUAGAGAUGGCAGAUCUGCUACACGGGAGCCACCAUACAGAGUACCUAGGGAUGAUUGGGAAGAAAAAAGGCACUUUAGAAGAGAUAGUUUUGAUGAUCGUGGGCCUAGUCUCAACCCAGUGCUUGAUUAUGACCAUGGAAGUCGUUCUCAAGAAUCUGGUUAUUAUGACAGAAUGGAUUAUGAAGAUGACAGAUUAAGAGAUGGAGAAAGGUGUAGGGAUGAUUCUUUUUUUGGUGAGACCUCGCAUAACUAUCAUAAAUUUGACAGUGAGUAUGAGAGAAUGGGACGUGGUCCUGGCCCCUUACAAGAGAGAUCUCUCUUUGAGAAAAAGAGGGGCGCUCCUCCAAGUAGCAAUAUUGAAGACUUCCAUGGACUCUUACCGAAGGGUUAUCCCCAUCUGUGCUCUAUAUGUGAUUUGCCAGUUCAUUCUAAUAAGGAGUGGAGUCAACAUAUCAAUGGAGCAAGUCACAGUCGUCGAUGCCAGCUGCUGCUUGAAAUCUACCCAGAAUGGAACCCUGACAAUGAUACAGGACACACAAUGGGUGAUCCCUUCAUGUUGCAACAAUCUACAAACCCAGCGCCAGGAAUUUUGGGGCCUCCACCUCCCUCGUUUCAUCUUGGGGGACCAGCAGUUGGACCAAGAGGAAAUCUGGGUGCUGGAAAUGGGAACCUGCAAGGACCAAGACACAUGCAAAAAGGCAGAGUGGAAACUAGCCGAGUUGUUCACAUCAUGGAUUUCCAGCGAGGGAAAAACUUGAGGUAUCAAUUAUUACAGCUGGUGGAACCAUUUGGAGUCAUUUCAAAUCAUCUGAUCUUAAAUAAAAUUAAUGAGGCAUUUAUUGAAAUGGCAACCACAGAGGAUGCUCAGGCUGCAGUGGAUUAUUACACAACCACACCAGCAUUAGUAUUUGGCAAGCCAGUGAGAGUCCAUUUAUCCCAGAAGUAUAAAAGAAUAAAGAAACCAGAAGGGAAACCAGACCAGAAGUUUGAUCAGAAACAGGAGCUUGGACGUGUGAUACAUCUCAGCAACUUACCUCAUUCUGGCUAUUCUGACAGUGCUGUCCUUAAGCUUGCUGAGCCUUAUGGGAAAAUAAAGAAUUAUAUACUGAUGAGGAUGAAAAGUCAGGCCUUUAUUGAGAUGGAGACCAGAGAAGAUGCUAUGGCAAUGGUUGACCACUGUUUGAAAAAGGCCCUUUGGUUUCAGGGGAGAUGUGUGAAAGUUGACCUGUCUGAAAAAUACAAAAAAUUGGUACUAAGGAUUCCUAACAGAGGCAUUGACUUGCUGAAAAAAGAUAAAUCCCGAAAAAGAUCUUAUUCUCCAGAUGGCAAAGAAUCUCCAAGCGAUAAGAAAACCAAAACUGAUGGUUCCCAGAAGACUGAAGGUACAACUGAAGGUAAAGAACAAGAAGAAAAGUCAGGUGAAGAUGGUGAAAAAGAUACAAAAGAUGACCAGGCAGAACAAGAACCCAGCAUGCUUCUAGAAUCUGAAGAUGAGCUACUGGUAGAUGAAGAAGAAGCAGCAGCACUGCUAGAAAGUGGCAGUUCAGUGGGAGAUGAGACAGAUCUUGCUAAUUUAGGUGAUGUGACUUCUGAUGGGAAAAAGGAACCUUCAGACAAAGCUGUGAAAAAAGAUGGAAAUGCGAGUGCUUCAGCUGCAAAGAAGAAGCUUAAAAAGCGUCGUUUCCCAGGGAAUAUGGAAGGUUUUGUCACUCUAGAUGAGGUUGGUGAUGAGGAAGAUUCGGAACUUCAGAAACUUCGUAAAUCGGGCAUGGCAUUUAAAUCUGGUGACAAAAAUGAUGAUGGUUUGGUUGAAAUUAAGGUGGACAAGAUCGAGGAACUUGAUCAAGAAAAUGAAGCAGCGUUGGAAAAUGGAAUUAAAAAUGAGGAAAAUACGGAACCAGGUGCUGAAUCUGCUGAGAAUGCUGAUGAUCCCAACAAAGAUACAAGUGAGAAUGCAGAUGGCCAAAGUGAUGAAAACAAGGAGGACUAUACAAUCCCAGAUGAGUAUAGAAUUGGACCCUAUCAACCCAAUGUUCCUGUUGGUAUAGACUAUGUGAUACCUAAAACAGGGUUUUACUGUAAGCUGUGUUCACUCUUUUAUACAAAUGAAGAAGUUGCAAAGAAUACUCAUUGCAGCAGCCUUCCUCAUUAUCAGAAAUUAAAGAAAUUUCUGAAUAAAUUGGCAGAAGAACGCAGGCAGAAGAAAGAAACUUAAGAUGUGCAAGAAGCUUAACGAUUUCAAGGAAAAUAAUAGUUCUUCGUUUUUAAUGUUAACCUUUUUUAAAUACAAUACUGAUAGUUAGAAGAAAACUAUUGUACUCUUUUGUUUUAGUGGAAAAAUAAUAGGUGUCUGUUCUUGUGUUAAGUGUUAUAGCAAAAACACAUACGGUUAAAUUAAUGAAGAAUUUUUGUUUUAUCAGAAUGGUAACCGACAAGUACUUUGUAGAGACUGACUUCGUAAGCUACUUGAGACAACUUGCACCACUAAAAAAAUGAUACGUAGAACUAUUCAAAGAAAUGAAAUUUAGUAGUUCUAAGCUUCAAAGAAAUGUCAAAACUUUCGAUUCCAUUCAAUAAAGAACAAAACCAGUUGUAUUUUUAUUACUUUUCAUCUGAAACAUUCCACCUUUUAAUCUGAGCCUUGCAGACUUUUCAUUUGGCGUUUGAAGCUUUUUUUGAUUGCAUUUCAUUUUUUGGUAACUUCAUUAACUGAAGUUAGCAAUUAAAAUACAGGUGCAGUUUUCUUUUAAUGUUACGCUGUUGUUUAGGUAAUAAGAAAUAUUAAGUAACUGGCAUUAGAUUUUGUAAUUUUUCCCCUAAGUUUCUGCUAGAUUUCGUAUUCUAGUAGUCAAUGUAUUUUCAGUGAAAUGUAAAAAUAUUCUCAUUCUCUUUGACCAGUAUUAAUUUCUAUAGACCUUAUUGCUUGUCACUUGAAUCCUGUAGCUGUCAUACAUCUGGUAUAAGCAACAUUUGAUUUUUGAAGUGUGUAGACCAUCUUUUCAUAUUUUCAAGAUGUAAUUUUACAUUUCUGCAUUUAAAAACAGUUUGGCCAUAAUCUAAACGCACGCUUCUAAUCCAUAUACCUGCACAUGUGAUCUUUGUGAACAGAAAUUUGCAUGUAUUAUCUGUGUUUACUUGUAACUUUCUGGUUAUAUACUGCUUAUAUCUGUGGAUUCAAGUUUCUGAGGUGAAAUACCAAUAAAAAUCUAGGUCAUGUUCAUUGGUUAUACAUGUUUGAAAUGUUAACCAAUAUAAUUUGUCAGUUGUGGUUUUUAUUUGCUGUUACACUUUUUUGCAUGUUUUAACAAAUUACUACAUUUUAAAUCUAAAGUGUUCUAAAGAGUGCUACUAAAGAUCUGAAUUUUAAA